GUGGCGCUCCUGUGGGUGUAGUCUUUCACUCUGCUAGUUACAUCUACACAACGACAAUUGCUUCUGUGCCGAUCGGCAGCGCGAAGCACGUCGACGUUUCUCGACAUUCUGGCCGCACCAGCUGCGCGGAGGAAGCGUCGUGCGACCACAGGGAAUCGUAAUGGCCUGGAAGUCGGUCUGUGCUAGUCUCAUGUUCCUAGUGGCCGCGACGUUCGCCGGAAUGUCAUGCUUCUUGCACGAAUGGGCCAAAGGAGACGAAGGAAAAAUCGGUCUGUUUCAAGUAUGCACUAGCGAGGAAAAAGAGACGUGUAGUUGGCUCGACAACGAUCCGGUGUCAUUCUGUAACGGAAGAAAUGUGACAGAUGACUACAACAAACGAAUCAUUAGAAUGCAGGCCGCAGCUACUUUGAUGGUUGCUGGAUGUUUUCUCUGUUUGUUCGCCGCGUUGGUAGCAAGUCCCGUGGUACAGAGAUACAACUACCUCACUGCUACUGCGUUGGGUUCUGUGGCAGCCAUAGGCUUCACCGUUUCAAUCAUUGUGUUUGUCACGAUUGAUCGCAAAUACUACUGCUUCACGGAAGAGGCGGAUUUGCACUAUGCUUUUGGAUUUGGACUCGCCACCAUUCCGGCAGCUAUUGUUGCUUCCAUACUCGGCUUUCAGACUCCUACUACGAUGCUUAGGCUUUGGGGCAGAGUGAACAGCCCCGAUCAAGAAGGCUAGCGGUUGUAAUCAGUUAACGCACUGCUCAUAUCAAGCAAGGCAGUAGCUAAUGCUUAUUAUUAAAGAGACAUUUGUUUGUUAUUUGAACAGUUAGCUAAAUUUGUUGAUAUUCUAAAAAUUGAAUUUUAAUUUUUAACCGAAAAGCGUAGCCAGUG